UGGUUGACGCAGCCGCGGUUUCACAGCCAUCCUCCAUGGACAGAGGGGCAUUGGCUUCUUGCGCUCGGGUGCCGCGUGCGCAUGGCGGAGCCAGCUGAGUCGGCUGAGCCCUCCACGAGGCAAAAGAUUGUUCGCCAGUUUCGGGACAUCAGAAACAGUGCUUCUCAUUUGCGCCCUGACGAUGUGGAUGUGCAACAGGCACUGCGGGAAGAAGCAGGAGAGAUGCGGGCCGAUGCUUCCUUCAUUUUGCAGUGCGGGAAGGAGAUCCAAACACUGCUGAGUACCACAUCUGCAGGAUAUUCGGAACUCUCGGAAGAACCGGACCUGUCGCGUGGCAACGUCUUUGAUAUCUUUGAGGCCGUUCGCCGUUGUGCCAAUGACAUGGCAAGUCUAACAGCGGAAUCAGACCAGAACUGGCACUGGGGACCAGCUUCCGAUCAAAUCGUUCGCGCCAUGCGAAGAGUUGAGGAUUUGUUGAGAGAAAUCUUGGGAGAGGAUGAGGUGCCGGAAAGCUCUUUGCCAACAACCCAGCCUAGUCGCGGCCCUCAUGUGCAAAGUGUCACAGAUGAGACAGGGACACGAGGGCACCCAGAGGUUUCAGACCUUCCGGAGACGAUUGUGGCAGGGAACCUGACGGCUGAAUUGCAGAGACUGGGACAACAACUGCUUGAGCAGCAGCACAAACACGGAAACAGACUUAACCAUGAGGUUGCCGCAACACUGCAUGAACUCGGGCAAGUGGGUCGAGAUGCUGGUGAUCUUCCAGAAGCAAAGCAGCAUUUGGAGGAGUCUUUGCGAAUGAAGCGCUCCUUGCACGGUGAUCGGGAUCACCCGGACAUUGCCGCAACGCUGCAUGAGCUUGGGAUAGUGAGUCUAGUUGCUGGAGAUCUUCCAGAAGCAAAGCAGCAUUUGGAGGAGUCUUUGCGAAUGAACCGCUCCCUGCACGGUGAUCGGGAUCACCCUGAUAUUGCCGCAACACUGCAUGAGCUUGGCACAGUGAGUGAAGCUGCUGGAGAUCUUCUAGAAGCAAAGCAGCAUGUGGAGGAGUCUUUGCGAAUGAAGCGCUCCUUGCACGGUGAUCGGGAUCACCCUGGCAUUGCCGCAACGCUGCAUGCGCUUGGGAUAGUGAGUCUAGCUGCUAGAGAUCUUCCAGAAGCAAAGCAGCACUUGGAGGAGUCUUUGCGAAUGACGCGCUCUCUGCACGGUGAUCGGGAUCACCCUGACAUUGCCGCAGCGCUGCAUGCGCUGGGCGGCGUGGCUGGAGAUCUUCCAGAAGCAAAGCAGUAUCUGGAGGAGUCUUUGCGAAUGAACCGCUCCCUGCACGGUGAUCGGGAUCACCCUGGCAUUGCCGCAACACUACAUAACCUUGGCACAGUGAGUGAAGCUGCUGGAGAUCUUCCAGAAGCAAAGCAGCAUUUGGAGGAGUCUUUGCGAAUGAACCGCUCCCUGCACGGUAAUCCUGCUGGAGAUCUUCCAGAAGCAAAGCAGCAUUUGGAGGAGUCUUUGCGAAUGAAGCGCUCCCUGCACGGUGAUCGAGAUCACCCUGACAUUGCCGCAACACUGAAUGCGCUUGGCACAGUCAGUGAAGCUGCUGGAGAUCUUCCAGAAGCAAAGCAGCAUUUGGAGGAGUCUUUGCGAAUGAAGCGCUCCCUGCACGGUGAUCGAGAUCACCCUGACAUUGCCGCAACACUGAAUGCGCUUGGCACAGUCAGUGAAGCUGCUGGAGACCUUCCAGAAGCAAAGCAGCAUUUGGAGGAGUCUUUGCGAAUGAAGCGCUCCCUGCACGGUGAUCGAGAUCACCCGGACAUUGCCGCAACACUGCAUGCGCUUGGGAGAGUGAGUCUAGCUGCUGGAGAUCUUCCAGAAGCAAAGCAGUAUCUGGAGGAGUCUUUUCGAAUGAACCGCUCCCUGCACGGUGAUCGGGAUCACCCUGAUAUUGCCGCAACACUGCAUGAGCUUGGCACAGUGAGUGAAGCUGCUGGAGAUCUUCCAGAAGCAAAGCAGCAUUUGGAGGAGUCUUUGCGAAUGAAGUGCUCCUUGCACGGUGAUCGGGAUCACCCUGACAUUGCUGCAACGCUGCAUGAGCUUGGGAUAGUGAGUCUAGCUGCUGGAGAUCUUCCAGAAGCAAAGCAGCAUUUGGAGGAGUCUUUGCGAAUGGAGCGCUCCUUGCAGGGUGAUCGUCACCAUGGCAUUGCCGCAACGCUGCAUACGCUGGGCUGCGUGGGUCGGGCCGCUGGAGAUUUUCCAGGUCCAGAAGAAAAGCAGCACUUGGAGGAGUCUUUGCGAAUGACGCGCUCUCUGCACGGUGAUCGGGAUCACCCUGACAUUGCCGCAACACUGCAUGCGCUUGGGAGAGUGAGUCUAGCUGCUGGAGAUCUUCCAGAAGCAAAGCAGUAUCUGGAGGAGUCUUUGCGAAUGAACCGCUCCCUGCACGGUGAUCGGGAUCACCCUGACAUUGCCGCAACACUGAAUGCGCUUGGCACAGUGAGUGAAGCUGCUGGAGAUCUUCUAGAAGCAAAGCAGCAUUUGGAGGAGUCUUUGCGAAUGAAGCGCUCCUUGCACGCUGAUCGGGAUCACCCUGGCAUUGCCGCAACGCUGCAUGAGCUUGGGAGAGUGAGUCUAGCUGCUGGAGAUCUUCCAGAAGCAAAGCAGCAUUUGGAGGAGUCUUUGCGAAUUAACCGCUCCCUGCACGGAGUCUUUGCGAAUGAAGCGCUCCAUGCAGAUCGGGAUCACCCUGGCAUUGCCGCAACGCUGUAUGAGCUUGGGAGAGUGAGUCUAGCUGCUGGAGAUCUUCCAGAAGCAAAGCAGCAUUUGGAGGAGUCUUUGCGAAUUAACCGCUCCCUGCACGGAGUCUUUGCGAAUGAAGCGCUCCAUGCAGAUCGGGAUCACCCUGGCAUUGCCGCAACGCUGUAUGAGCUUGGGAGAGUGAGUCUAGCUGCUGGAGAUCUUCCAGAAGCAAAGCAGCAUUUGGAGGAGUCUUUGCGAAUUAACCGCUCCCUGCACGGUGAUCGGGAUCACCCUGGCAUUGCCGCAACGCUGCAUGAGCUUGGGAGAAUGAGUCUAGCUGCUGGAGAUCUUCCGGAGCUGUCCUCCUGCUUGGAUCAAGAUGAUCCUGGCCAGACGCAAUAA